CCACAGAUGAAAACACAAAUGCUACUUCAAUAUUAUCGGCUGCUUGUGUUGUCAGAUCAUCUGUGCCUAUUCCAGUGGAAGAUUUCAAAGUAGAGCCUCAGUAAACCCCAGCGCAGGGAAGCCAGCAGAUCGAGAUAUGCUUGGAAGUUGAAGGUAAACGUUUGUAUCCUAACCUGGAAUUGAUGGCAGGCAUCAACGAUUCACUUGAGGAUAGUAUCAGAAACAACUUGUCUGCCGCAAGAGCCGAGUCACCGUGCCUGCCAGAUGUGAUCAGGGCACAGUGGGAACCAGAGGACCAUGUUGCAGAGCUAAGCUGCAUGUUACAGGGUGUUGCAGCAGAACAUGUGGAAAGACAGCUGGUUCAGUAUGUGGAGAACAAAAUUGAACCAGCUGGGUGGAAAGCUGUGUGGACUGUGCCAUUAAAUCGUCUGGAUUCCAUGUUCAAACUGAAGCAGGAGACUUGUGUAUAUGUGGACGUCAUUGAUGUUAGUCAGGAGAAGCUCUUAGCUGAAGUGAAGAUACUGAUGCCUGUUGAUGGUAAUAUACUGAAGGAGGACUUACAGGUGAUUGAAGAGGGGAAGAAUAAGACGGUCCAGGUUCCAUUGAUGGAGCUGUCUGUGCUUGCAGAUCAAGAAAAUGCAGCCUUAGAUAUGGUCAGCACUGCAGAAGUCAUUUGCCAGUUAAAAUUCUUUUAUGAACACAUAUGGCAACCAUGGGAUUUGGAGGAAGAAAAUAUUUAUUUUGACCAAUCCCUCAUUACUUCUCGCCUCAAGCUAUAUCAAGACAUCCAAGCAGGUCGCAUCCCAACAGCUGUAGUUGCUGGUCUUAAAGCCAUUAUCAGGAAAGCUAAUCAUGCACUGAAGAAAAUCCAGCAUAUUGAAUCCAGGAAUGAAGAACAAGGUGCAGAUUUUGAGAUGGAUCAGAAAGAUGUUGCUCAGCUCUUCAAGCUGCACAAGCAACUGGAAAAACUCAAAGCACAGUUUGACAUGAUGAAAGAUCCUAUUUUAAGGGAGAUUUCAGUUUACCCAUCACAAGAAGAGGAAAUGGACACAAAGGGGCCUCAUGCAAAGGUGAAGGUGGUAGCAAAUGCCCUUCCUGCUGUGCAAAUGAUGGAGCACUUGGCUAUGCUGCCAGAUCUCAUAGAAUCCUUGUCUCAGGUUACUAAGGAAGAUCUUUGCCAGACACACUCCUCCCUUCAGAGUGCUAUUAAUGAAGCACAGGAGGGAGAUGUGGUCAUACUGCUUCCAGGACAGCACACACUGAGUCAACUGGGGUACUUGUUUGCAAAAGGGGGAGCAUUGCUUGGGCUUGGAGAAGGCAUAGUGGUGGAAGGCAACAGUAAGAAUGGUGAUGUUUUAAUGGACAUAACAGGCAGCUUCCACAUUCAGAACAUCACCUUGAAGCCAGCCCCUGGGCAGAUUGGAAUUGUUCAGCAUAGUGGAUUAACAACCAUGGAGAAAGUUACAAUUACAGGUGGAAAAUGGGGUUUGCUUGGGCUGGGGAACACACAGUAUUGUGUUAACCAAGUAUCUGUCCAGAACUGUUCUGCUGGUGGGAUGGAUUUUAGAGAUGGUGCUGUUGCCAGCAUCUCCACCACAUCCAUCAAGAACUGUAAGACUGGCAUUCAGAUAGAAGGUGGAGCAAAGAUUUCAAUGUCAAACACAAGAAUUGAGGGCAGUAAAAAAUACGGAGUGUUGCAGCUUUCACUGGAGGAAGCGAAAUCAUCAAAAUAUCAAGAUAUGUCUACUGAUGAAGUGCUGACAUGUUUGCUACAAGUUGGCAAAGGAAAUACUUUUGAACACAAUGGUGAAGAUAUCAUGACUAUAUUUGCUGGCAGCUCAAGCUCCUCAAGAAGUAAAGGAAGUGACAGCACUGCCUCAUCGCCAGCCUCCAGCAGCAAUGAGGAGGUGUUCACAAAGUGAGACACUGACUUUAUGGAGCCAAAGGAUACUUAAAACAUAUAUAUUUGGCUCCAUAUUAAUUUUUGAAUAGAUUUUGUCAUUUUAUUCAGUCAUUUAGUGGAACUUAUAAUGGGAUCAAUACAGAAUAUUAAUGAGUACCAUGUAGUUGAAUAGAAAAAUGUACAUUGAUAAUAUUC